CCUCAUUUGGAAGUCAAUAAGAGAGACCCUCCAGAGACGCACAGGCACACUCAUCACAAGACCUCUCCGUUUGAUGCCAACCAGCGCUGUGAGCACCAAGGGAAUCAUGCCCGUGCCCAAGAAAGCAGGAGGAAAAAACAGCAAUACUGCAGAAGUGAAGCCGCUGCCAUAUGAGCCAAAUAUCCCUGAACCCACCACCAGGGCUGACUUCAUGAAACACUGGCUCCCGCUCUCUCUGGAUGAUAAAACUGCACAGAAACUGUUGUGGAUUUCAGAGGGUGGGUCUAAGGUGGCCCGUACAUCAGAUGCCGUCUGCCCAUAUCCCAACAGGCCUGAGAGAUAUGAACACUCACCACAGGUGCUGUGUAAGGAGGGUCUGAUGGGCUUCAGAGGGUACUGGGAGGUGGACUGCGAUGGCUGGGUGGUGAUCGGGGUGGUCUUGGAGAGCGCACCUCGGAGGGUCCAGGAAGGGCGCGGACCCUGCGGCCUCGGGGAGAACAACGCCUCCUGGGGCGUCGGCUGGUCCGGCUCCUGCUACCAAGUGUGGCACAACAGCGAGAACGUGGACAUCGCGCUCCCCGCCUCCACCACCAUAGGUGUGUACGUUGACCAGCCCGCAGGCAUCAUCAAGUUCCUGACGGUAGAGGGUGAGGACGAGAAGGAGGUGCGGCUGAUCCACAAGUUCAAAGCAGAGCUCCAGGAGAAGAUUUUCCCUGGGUUCUGGGUUGGCACAAAUUCGUUCUGCCUUCUUCGGAAAAAGGAUCAGUGACACAGCGGAGGGCUGAGGAUGAAGAGAUGGAGGGGGGUGAUGAAGCAGUGUAAAUGUUAGGUGUCAGGGGGGAGGUGGUGAUGUUUGGGGAACAAGUGUUGGAGUUGUAAAGCAGAACUAAAGCACGUUGUGUUUACUUUCUCUGAUUGCAUGAAGAAAGCUUAUUACAUCCAAAGAUGGCUGAUAACUUUAUUUACUAUUAUUUAUCUAUUGAUGUAUUUAAUGUAGAAUUUUAGGCAAGGUCUUGUCUUAGGUUGUACUUGUAUUGUUUUUGUAACACGCAGGACUUUGCAUGUACUAGAGUGCUUGUUUAACUUAAUAGCCUGCAUCUUUUUUAUGUGCUGAAUGUAGCCAAUAAAUUCAACUACUGAGUCAUAAUAACGCUGA